AUGCCGAAUCAGCGUCCUUUUAAAAAGCACAGUGAUAAGAUUGUGGAGUUUAUCGACAGAAAGAUGGAGGAAAAUGAUGAAACGACUUCCACUGAUCUAGUAAAAAUGAUUUGGGAACAUUUUCAAUUGAAAAUCUCUGAAUCGACCGUAUGCCGCACUCGCCAUAGACUUGGAUGGUUGUCAACUGGAACAAAAUAUUGUCAGCUUGUGAGAGAAGCAAAUCGAGUCAAACGCCUACAGUUUUGUCAAGAUUUAACAGCCACAAAGGAGGAAUUUAAUGAUGUCAUUUUUACAGAUGAGAGCAGUAUUGCCUUGGAGCGCCAUUCCAAAAUUACUUUUCACCGAUGGUGGGAACCACCAUGUCUAAAAGGCCGACCAAAACAUCCGGUGAAAGUUCAUGUCUGGGCUGGGAUCUCAAGACGCGGCGUCAGCAAAAUGGCUAUAUUCUCAGGCAUCAUGGAUGCACCAUUUUUUAUUGAAGGCAUCCUGCGGCCACAUCUGUUACCCUUCAUCAAGAAUGUUUUCCCCAACAGUCACAGGUUCAUGCAAGACAACGACCCAAAGCACACAAGUAACUUGGCUAAAACGUUUUAUGAAACGGCAGGGAUUAAGUGGUGGCCAACUCCACCUGAAAGCCCAGACUUGAAUCCAAUUGAACUCGUCUGGCACGAGCUAAAACACUAUUUGCGGAAAACAUGUAAUUGA